UAUCUCUCGUUUCCUCACAAAACCGAGCUCCACUGCAAUACCCACCUCUGUUUCGAACUGCAGGUUAAUCACAGAGACAGAAGCUCCAGCUCGUUUCUCAGUCAGCUAUGGCCACCUCCAAGCUUUUGAUUGCCUCCAUCCUCCUCUGCCUCCUCCUGCUCAAUCUCGCCGAAGCCGCUGAUCAGAUGGAGAGCACAAAGGCGAACCCGAGCUCUACUUCAGCUAAAAUCGACUGCGGCGCCGCCUGCGCUGCCCGUUGCCAGCUGGCGUCGAGGCAGCGGCUAUGCCACAGGGCGUGCGGGACGUGCUGCACGCGGUGCAACUGCGUUCCUCCGGGCACUUCCGGCAACCGCGACGUCUGUCCCUGCUACGCCACUAUGACCACGCACGGUGGCCGGCUUAAGUGCCCAUGAGACAGAAGUUUCUGAGUCCCUCGCCAGACCUCUCCCGAGUCGCUAUAUAUACUGUUCGCCUCUUUGGGUUAUGUAAUGUAUAUAGCUGUUUGUAAUGUUAAAGAAGCAGGUCAUAUAAUGCAAAGUUUCCUACUUUAUAAAUAUGUCGAAGAAUGUUAGGGUUGGGGGACAUUAUUAUGUGCGUCGUCGUUUCCUUAGAAAGAUUUUUGUGCAGUGUGUAUGAAAAUGUAUCGCAAAUAAGUCGAGGGUUUCCGUAAUGAAGUGUUGUAUGAAGAAACAUUUUUCAAUAUAGUCUUACAAUUUGGAGUUUUUUUUUUUUUU